AUGUCCGGUGAGAAGCGACCGGCGCAAGCGGCCUUCGGCUCCUCCAGCCAAUUGGUUGUGAAGCGAAAGAAGUCAGAUGCUGCACUCAAUGAUAGCACAGCCGUUGUAAAGAGCUCAACGCAGAAUGGAAGUCUCGUACAAGCAGUUCCCCGCACCAGUGGCCUUGAUGCGCCGAUCAUGGAGCUCACAGGUCACUCUGGCGAAAUUUUUGCCGCUCGAUUCGAUCCGACGGCGCUAUACAUUGCAUCAGGUUCCAUGGAUCGAUCUAUAUUACUCUGGAAUACUUAUGGAAAAUGCGAAAAUUAUGGCAUCUUAUCUGGUCACAAAGGCGCGGUUCUUGACCUGCAAUGGUCGCGAGACUCCAAAACGAUAUUCUCCGCAUCGGCCGAUAUGACGCUUGCAAGCUGGGAUAUAGAAUCUGGCCAGAGGAUUCGGCGAUACAUGGGUCAUGAAGAGGUCAUAAACUGUCUCGAAACCAGCAAGAGGGGCCAAGAAAUGCUGGUCAGCGCUAGCGACGAUGGUACGAUAGGGAUCUGGGACCCGAGGCAAAAAGAGGCAAUUGAAUAUUUGGAGACGGAACUACCUAUUACCGCGGUGGCACAGUCUGAAGCUGGAAAUGAGAUAUUUAGCGGAGGCAUUGACAACACAAUUCAUGUUUGGGACAUUCGAAAGAAAGCCAUAGUUUAUUCCAUGGCCGGACACAUGGAAACUAUUACCUCUCUCGAGAUUUCACCGGACUCGCAGACUCUUCUGUCCAACUCCCUCGACUCAACGGUACGCACUUGGGAUAUCCGACCUUUCGCGCCAACCAACCGCCAUAUUAGGACAUAUGACGGCGCCCCGGCCGGUCUAGAAAAGAAUCUUAUCCGGGCGACCUGGAAUCCGGCGGGUGACAAGAUCGCAGCGGGAAGCGGUGAUCGAAGUGUUGUGGUUUGGGACUUCAAGACCGGAAAGCUUCUAUACAAGCUUCCCGGACACAAGGGCACUGUAAACGAUGUGCGAUUCACGCCAAAUAAUGAGCCUAUCAUUGUUUCCGCAUCGUCCGACAGGAACUUGAUGUUAGGUGAAUUGGGCAAAUGA